AUGGGGCAUCCGGGAGUCGCAGGGCAUCCCAUAGGCGGUCCUGGCAUGCCUCCCAACGCAGGCCAGCAAGGCGCGCCUGCCGGAAUGCCUCACCAGUUCGCCGGCGGCCACAUUGGCGUCUCCGGCCCUGGAGGCCCGGUCAACCCUGCUUUGAUGGGCGCCAUACCGCCCGGUGCCAGUCCUGGCCCGCACGCGGUCCAUCAGCUAAGUCCCGCGCAGCAACAGCAAAUGUUCCAGCAGCAGCAUUUGCAGCAGCAGUUUGGCAUGAAUAACCCGAGCGCGCAAAUGGCCGCUAUUCGACAACAACAACUUCUUCAUCAGCAACAGCGGCAAGCCAUAUUCGCCCAGCAGUUUCAAAACAUGGGAGCUGCUGGUGUUAACGGUAUGCCUAUGGGCAUGCAGCUCAGCCCUCAGCAACUUCAUCAACUUAGACAGCGUAAUGCUGCUGCCGGAUUGGGUCAUGUAGCUGGGCACACUCCUCAGGCGAUUAUGGCUCAACAGUUAGCUCUUCAACAACAUGCGGCGCAGCAGCAAGCAGCGCAACAGCAAGCCGCCCAGCAGGCGCAACAGCAGGCGCAGCAGCAAGCGGCGCAUAAUCAGCAAAUGUCGGCCGGUCAUAACCCAGCGCAGCACAUGGCAAUGAAUGCACAACCUAUGCCGGGCAUGCCACAGCAGAACCCCAUGGCCGCUGCUGCCGCCGCCGCUCAGACACAGAUGAGUGCACAGCAACAACAGGCUCAGCAGCCGCAGGGCCAACCUCAGCCGCAGCAACAGCAGCAGCAGCAGCAGCCUGGUCCCCAGUCACAGCCAACGCCUCAGCAAACCUCACAGGCCGGUACACCAGCUCCGUCAGGACAGCAGACACCGUCCCAGACACCCGCACCGACACCCGUUCAUGCAAACCAGAUCCCGCCAGGUCAAGCUCAGCCUCAGCAAGCUCAAGCACCAAACCAAGCUCAGAUGGCCGCUGCUGCCACACAGCAGCUCAUGGCGAAUUCCAUGAUGCAACAACAGCAGCUGAGGGAAGGGAUGAAGACCCGGUGCCUCUUGAAACUGAUGCAGUUUGGCGAACGCCUCAGUGGCUUUCCUGGAGCGAAGAGUAAAGACGACCUAUCAUACUGGAAUAGAUUUGUAGCCCAAUUCUUCUCAUCACCCAACGGCGUGUUCCGAUUUUCAUUACACGUAGGCGAGUCCGACGACACACCAGAUAAGCAAUAUGAAAUUGCCUACCCAGCGAUUGCUCGAUUCUUCCACACCAAUUACAGCAGUGGCGUUAAGAGUAUGCAGCUCAUUCUCGAUAGCGGAAGUAGUGAUAGGCCGCUACCCGGAGACUGCUACUGUAUUGAGAACCCCAAUGCCAGUUUCGUCUACUGGUAUGAGACAGGAUCACAUCUCGUGGCCAAGGGUACACUCCGUGCUCAAUUUGAUGCCGACCAAAAGAUCGAAUUAUUCGAAUUCCUCACCGUAAGACAUGAAGAAUACGUCUCCCGGAAACACGUGAUCGAAGCUGCAAAACCGGCACACGAAUGGUAUAAGGAGUGGCGUAGCUUGAAUACGAUAGAUGGCAAGCAGUCGCCAGAAAUGUCCAAGAAAGGAAAAUCUCGCCAGCUCAAGUCGCCCCAGAAGGAGCCGCCUGGAGUUCUUGUUGAUCUACCAGACUCGGCAGUUAACAGUAAGGGAGUGACAGAGGCUGUGCAUCAGUUCCUCGAGAUCGUGGAAGUAAUGGGCCAGAUGAACCCUCUGUUUGGAUUCUACCACUCCAACCCUGGCCUUAGUCCCUACGGCGCCCUUGAGCAAUACGUAGCAACUCAGAUCAACAGCGCAACACCGAUAAUGAAUGGACAGGCCAUGGCACAAGGGCCAAGGACGCCUAGUUUUGGGCAAUUCCCGAUGGGAGCCAGCCCUGCGGCAGUGCACAUGAACCUACCUGGAUCGCCUCACAUCGGCAGCCCUGCGCCAGGCCAAGCACCUGGUAUGCAGCUCCAGCCAAGCCAGCAGGGGACAAGCUCAAGUGGGCCGAGCGCAAACACGUCACCGGCUUCCAACAAGCGUCGCCGUCCGUCUACCGUCAAGGUCGAAGAUGAUUCCGCCACACCGGGUUCUGGUCAAGUCAACGGAAUACAGAACAGGGGCAAACCUCAAACACCUCGGAUGGCCAAACGCCUUAAAGGCAGCACGACUUGAGGUGCGGUAAUACACGAUUCACGUUGUCGGACAUCUUCUCCUGCCUACGGUUCACAACUAUGCCGUAGCACGCAUCACGUCCAUUUUUUUAAUGUCCCUAAUCAUCAUGCAGCAUGGUGGCGUCUCUUGCUUGAAUAUUUUUUAUGCUUUCCAAGUAUUUUGUUUUAUGUUGGCCUUUGUUGAUUGAUAUUGGACAAGUUGGAAAAAAGCUCUGUUUUACAAAAGAGAAACUGGGACGGCGUACUGGUCUCUUUGGCAGUAUGCGUGUCUCGGUGGCCGUUUGAAAACGCCGUGCUUCCCGCACGUCCCUUGUGUCGGUGGAUUGAUACCCAGCGGUUGGUGUGUGC